AUUCAAUUCAAAGAGUCGCAGCUCUCUAUAUAUUUUCCUCGUUCCGCUCCAACUCAGAAACCCCAAAUCACCGGUUUUUUCUGCAUUGGUAAAUUCUCUUUCUCUCUCUAGAAUCCUCUAUUCUCUUAUAUUUAUCUAUUGCUGAUUAAUAAUCGAUUUCCUCUAAGUAAAAAAAGUUAAUCGGUUUGAUUGCUGAUUUGGGGGUUUACGGUAAGGGGUUUGGAAAAUCUUAGUAGUUGUUUAAUGGGUAUUUUUCGAUUUUUGAUAUCUGAUGAUUUUGUUGAGUGUUUAGUGAUAAUAGUACUGUGUUAGAAUCGACGGAAUCUAUUGCAGUCAUCAAUUUGGCGGCAAAACAGUUGGAUAAAGACGAGCAAUUACAGGAUAGAGUUUGCCAAUGGAGUUUGACAAAGAAGAGAAUGGUUUUAUUAGUGUUCCUGCUCCUGAGUUUGGUGCAAUAUUCAUGUCAAACAUUGCAACAAAGAGAGACUACUUUAAACAUAAGGUCUUUGGCCUUCCAUCGUCCAUGGCAAAUUUUGUAACGGAGGUCAAAAAAGGAAUGAUCCUGUUCCUAUUUGAAUAUGAAAGGAGACAACUAUUUGGAGUGUAUCGGGCUAUCUCAGAUGGGGAAAUGAACAUUGCACCCCAUGCAUUUAGUUCGUCAGGGAAGCAGUUUUCCGCGCAGGUACGAUUUGUGCCGGUUUGGUACUGUAGUCCACUAUCUGAAAAUGAGUUCCACGAUGCCAUUAGGGAGAAUUACUUUUCGGCAAGGAAGUUCCACUUUGGUCUGUCUGAUGAGCAGGUUCAUAGGCUUCUUAGGUUGUUUAGUUCAAGAAAGUUAAAGAAUAAGUUACCCCCAAGAAAGCUCACAACUGGAGUGAGCAAUGGAGUUGACGAAGACCAUAUAGUGGUCAAUAACAAUUCAUAUGCAGCAAGUGGUGAUUUUGAUAUCAAACGUUCUGAUGUUGAUUUAGAGCCUUCCCUUUCAAGAGGAUAUCCAAGGUCAUUCCGUGGAGUAAAAAGAGUCAACGAUGACAUGUUUUUAAUUGAGCAUAGAGUGAAGGACAGAGUAAAAAUUGAUUCUGCUGAACAUCUCUACGAUAAUGAUAAGAAGAGAAGAUUAGGUUAUGAUGGAAGGUUAUUGAGGGAUACUGCUGCUGAAGAUAGGCUUCAUAUUCACUCCCUCACUGAACAUGAAGCAAAUUUAGUGGUAAGAGAUCAGAUAGUAAAUGAAGAUAACAUGGAUGGUAAUUUUGGUCUGGGCAGAUCAAAUCAGCAAAGAGAGCCUUCAGAUGGUGAUAGAACUAGAAUUGGUACUCAUUAUGCAGGUUUUCUAAGGAACAAUAGUGUGGAUAAAGCACAUGGCAUGGAUAACUCUCAUGAGCCUGCCCUUUCUAGGAAGAAUAAAAGUGACCCCUUUUGCAAUAUUGGAACUGUAAGUGAUGACUGGCAGAGUUCCUUGGAUAGAGUAGGAAAAAAGAGCCAUUUGGACUCUGAUAUUUAUUCUACAAUUGUGUCUGAACGCUUUGUGAACUCACCAUACAAUCAGAAAGGAAUGUGUGAAGAUGGUAGAUUAUUCACGAGAGAAAUAAGCAGAAAUGAAUCUAAGUUUCAUACAGGUCUCGGAAGAGGAUUUGAUCAUCAAGCGGCCACUGAUGAUGAUGAAUGCUUCCUUUCUAGGCGUAAAGGAGCAAAUAAAAAAUGUGUAGAUAGCUUUCUUAUCCCGGCUGCUUCAGAUGGGAACUCCGCUUAUGCCGGAGAUGUAGGUAGACAAGUGGCUGGAGUUGGUAGUUAUCCAAUGAAUGAUUUUGAUAGGCUGGUCCCUGGUACAGAAAACUUUCAGAGGCUUCUCACCGUGGCUGGUCGCACUGGUUACUCUCCAAUGAACAAAAGAACCUCAGGGUACUCUACCAUGUUUCUUGCUGAAACAGAAUUUCCUCAGUCAACAGAAGCACAAAAUCUUGGUCCCUUUUGCUCUAAAUUCCAUGACGCAACAAUUCCAAGAGUCAUGCCACAUAAGCAUGAAUGCCCCAGUUCUUGUUAUGAACAUACCGAGACUUAUGAAGUUGAACAAGGUUCAAACUUUGUGCAAAAGCGACCUUCUUCCGAUGUUAAUAAAAAGAAUAACUAUGCAUCAUCUAAAGGAAUAUCUUCUCCGUAUUCCUAUCCAGAAUUUACGAAGAGGGGCCUGGAAUCAGCUUCUGAAGAUGGACACAUGAUUCUGCUUCGAUCACACGAUGGGUUCAACUCUCCACCUGUAAAUGUUGGAAUUUCUGAGGCAAUGGAACCAAAUAGGUCUCGUUCUUUUAGUUAUAGAACUGCUUUCAUUCCAAGGGAAUCUAUUGGUCAACAAUUUAGGGAUGAUAUUAACGAGGGCGAGAAUUGGAGAUUUUCAUCUCAAGCUGCCCUCAGUUCAACUGCUCAUUCUUAUUCUGGUAACUAUCAAUGUGCUGAUGAGGAACUAGGUGAUGAGAAUGUUAUAUGGCAAGGGAGUGAUAUAAUUCAUGUUAGAAGAAGAUCCCGGUCUCCUAAUUCAAGUUGGUUGCCCCGUCAAGGAAAUGUUUUGACAAAUCUUGACCACGCCAACAGCCCUGGAGCAGAUAUCGUUAAUAAUGAAUACGAGGAUAACGUUUUAACUGAUGUUGUACAUUCUGAUUCCAGAAAUUCCAGAAGAAGUGUGUUUAAUCGCUUAUCUGUGGCUCCUAAAGUACGCAAGUUGAGAGAACAAGUAGCUGAUCACAGUAUGAGCUAUGAUGAAUAUUAUAUGGAUACGUCAGUUGAUGAAAUUAUGGACUUGUUAUACGAGGAUCAGAAUAUUGUACCAAAAAAGCCAUUGAAUCGGAAACCAUUUAUUCGAAAAGUUGGAUAUGGUGAAACUAAUAGGUCGGGAAAACAUGCUGCAGUUGUCAAGAAUGACGCAGAGCAGCCCGGUGAUUCAAUGGUGAGAGUUCUGAGAGAAAGUGCAAAUGAAGUUCUUGAAGAAACUGUGAACCAUGUCCUCGCAGAGACCAGAGUGGUGAACUUCAAGCGCAGGAGGGAGACAAAUCGAGCUUCAGAACAGACUAAUGCUAAAUUCAAUGAAGAAGAAAAAACAAAUGCCAGAGAACACACGGUCCUUCAGAAUGCACAAGAAAACAGUUGUAAAACUGCUGUGGCUAAGGAUUCAACUGAUAAGCCAUCAAAGCGUAGAAAGCUUGUGCGUCCAGUAUUUGAUGAAAACAACUCCAGGAGUCAUUUGAAUCACCAACUUCCUUGUCAGACAGUUGACAAGGUUAACACAUGGAAUUCAGAUUCGAGCGAAGUUCAAUCCGCUCUCUAAUAAUUAACAAUCUUGGUGAACAAAAAGAUUACUCCAUUGGUCAUCAAGUUCCCCAACAUGCUAACUCAAGGGGCGGUUUGCAUUGUCUGAAGCUUAAUAUAUGAUGAUGACGAAACUGAAGGAGGUAGUGCCAUGAUUGUAUGCUAAAUCGUGUAGGUUUUCCCUCCAGCGUAUGACUGUUUUGAGAUCUUAUGUAGAUAUGCACAUCAAGUUUUGUUUGAAAGGUCGUAUUUUGAUAUGCAAAUGAACAAAUUUGCCCCUUGUGUAAAUUUGCUAUUUGCUUCCUUCAUUUGUACCGCAUAACAAUAUGUUGUUAUUUUAGUUGAUCAUGUAUUUUAUCCC